AUGAUGUGAACAAUUUUAUUUCCAGAACAUUCCAGAGUCAUUUUUCACGGAAAGGGCAUUGAAACAGCAACAAUCCGAAAAAGAAAUUGUGUCGGCACCCAUUGACAUCAUAAAAACCGGUAAUGGUGAAAGUUCGCCUAUCAUUACGCCCACCAGAAAAGAAGGAUUUUUGGAUAAAUUUCAAUUCGGACGUAUUGAUAUAGCGAAAAAUGCCAGCGCUGAUUCAAAAGACCCAGGCGUUCAUUGUGUGUCGUAUAAAAAAAAAUCAGAUCUUGUUGAAAUAAUGGAAGCGAAAAAGGUUCCAGGUCACCUAAUCUACGGCGUCGAAAUGGACGAAAUCGAAAAGGAUGAUCAACAUCCGAAUGUUCCAAAGUUUGUCGUGGAAUGCAUUGGCAUAAUUGAAAAUGAGGAGAAUCUAGUUACCAAUGGAAUUUACCGAGCGUCUGGGAAGAAGGAAAGCAUCGAUAAAAUUAAGAAAAAAAUGAACGAGACGAAGCCAAAGAAAGGUUCCAAAUAUUCCAUACUGAAGGAUGAAGAUGUGCACACCAUAACGGGCUCACUGAAACAGUUCUUCCGUGAAAUGAAAACGGAUCUCAUUCCAAUCGAUAUAUUCCGCAAUCUUCCGAACAAUUUAGAAACCGAAGAGAGUGUGAAAACAAUUGGAAAGGAAAUAAAUGGAAUAGCAAUCGAUUCACGGAUGACGCUGAAAUAUCUGCUGCGUCAUUUAGUCAAAGUGGAUGCUAACAGUAAAGAGAAUCUGAUGAAUGCAUCGAAUUUGUCGAUUGUGUGGGGUGCCUGUCUGUUCACAUCAUCCGUAACAUUCAACGACACUUUUGAAACCAGUGACCUUAUCCGGAAAAAUACGUUAAUCAAAGUAUUAAUUCAACGAUUCGAUGAUAUUUUUCCGAAUGACAGCGGUCGAUGAUUUUUAUUUGCUUUUUUUCUCUUUUGCGGGCCAAGAGUAAUCUACCUAUGCACAUAUUUAUAUACAUAGCGUGUGUAUCCUGCGUACAGCAUUAACUAUAAAUUAAACAAAGAAAUGUGAUAUUUUUGUAUUUAAAAUGAAGAAGAA